CCUCCUUUGUGUUCAUGACCCCGGAUCCCCUUAUGUGCGCCAUGUCGAUUGAUCGCUGCCUUUCCCGCUCCUCUCCCCCUCAUGACUUCCCGUUCUUGUCCCGUCUACCCUCCGUCUCGUCAUAAACAAUGUCUCGUCUCUCGUCUCGCCCCAUCAAUCUCUACGUCGUCGUCGUCGCAUUGCACGUUACAUUCGCAUCGCAGUAUCUUAUUCAACGUGCAUCGCAUUCGCAUUGUCAGUCCUCGCCGCAAUACCUGUUUUCCUAUACCCCGCACUCGUCUCUCACAUUACAUGUAUUGCGCAUCCAUUCCGGCGUUCUGCUUCGCCGACCAGGCGUUAUUCGUACUUCGCGCCGACCAGGCGUCACUAGUACCUACUGCGCCCUCCCGGCGUUCGUUACCGCGCCGACCAGCGGCGCCCUAUACGCCGAACAACGUUUCGCUACGAUGUUUUCCCAUGGACUGACUGACUUAUAGAUCAUAUACAUUCGACAUAGAGAUUUACGCAGUACACGCACCCUGUACUUCUAGCGACGAGACACCUACCCUCUUACUCUUCUUAUCCUACUUCGCUGCCGUGUGUUAUCUAGAUACUGACACCUAUAUUCUACAUGUACAUGAGUCAAUGAGAGGAUGUGAAAGGCAACUUUGGUGUGGU